AUGCGCCGAGGAGGAGAAUGCAAUGGUGGUACAAAGAUAACGGACAAGGACCGGGGAGCAGGGAGCGGGUCCGGAAUGGCAGACGGGGAGAAAAAGAAAAAGGAGAUCCUGGUUGGAACCCAAUGGGCGACAAAUGUGACAAAGGAACGAGACAAAGAACCGAAGAGGACAAAGAAGAGGGAGGAAGGAGGAGGGAGGAGAGAGCGGGAGCGGAAAGGAAAGAGAGAAGAGGGACGGAGGAGUGGAGCUAAUCCGGGGAAGCAACGAGACGAGACGCAGCGAAUGGAACAGAGGCGGUGCCUGGCCAAGACUGAGGUGAAGAGGCGAUAUGGUUUGGGCAGGCCAGGGCAACGGUCAAGUCCUCAGAGACCUUGA